AUGCCUCGUUAUUCAACAUCUCCACAGUAGUCGAUCAUCUUUAUCCUCAUUGGGUCAUCGUCAUCUUGAUUGUCAUAGCAGGAUAUAAAUACCCAAUGAAUUCAUGGUUCUUGGAUAUAUCUUUGUAUUGUGCUUAAUUACCAUGGAAGUAGUCGAAGAUGUUGUGAUUGUGGGAGCUGGAAUUGCUGGCCUUACAACCUCCUUGGGACUUCACAGGCUGGGUAUUAGAAGCUUAGUGCUGGAAUCAGCUGAUAGCUUGAGGGUAACAGGGUUUGCACUCGCAAUAUGGACUAAUGCGUGGAGGGCUUUAGAUGCCCUUGGUAUUGGCAAUGAUAUCCGGCAGCAACACCAGGCUCUUCAUGGGAAUGUGGCUUUCUCAAGAAUUUCAGGGCUUCGGAUGUUUGAGAAGUCGUAUGAUGUCAAAGGAAAACUUGGAGACCAUGAAGUUUAUUGUGUGAAAAGGAAGUUGUUGUUGGAAACCAUUGCAAGGGAACUCCCUAAUGGUACCAUUAGGUUCUCAUCAAAGGUUGUUUCCAUUGAGGAAUCAGGCUACUUUAAGCGGGUGCAUCUUGCAGAUGGAACCAUCCUCAAAGCCAAGGUUUUGGUUGGUUGUGAUGGAGUGAACUCAGUGGUGGCAAAAUGGCUGGGCUUCAAGAAGCCAGUUUUUAAAGGGAGAUCCGCCGUUAGAGGUUGUGCUGAUUUCAACAGCAGUCAUGGUUUUGAUCCCAAGUUCAUGCAGUACUUUGGGAAUGGUAUUAAAACUGGCACCAUUCCUUGUGAUGAUAAAACUGUUUACUGGUUCUUCGGUUGGUAUCCCUCCAGCCAAGAGGAAGAGCUAAAGAAAAACCCAGCUCAGUUGAAGCAAUAUAUGUUAAGCAAGCUCGGAAAGGUAUCAGAUGAAGCAAGGGCUGUUGUGGAAAACACUGAUUUGGAUGCUUUUAGAGCCGCUCCAGUGACAUACAGGCAUCCUUGGGAUCUUCUUUGGGGAAAUAUUAGUAAAGGUAAUGUAUGCGUUGCUGGAGACGCUCUCCACCCCAUGGUCCCAGACAUUGGCCAAGGCGGCUGUGCUGCAUUAGAAGACGGUGUUGUAUUAGCAAGGUUUCUCGGUGAGGCACUGUUGAAGAACCAGGAGCAAGAAAAUAAAGAUAAAGGUGAAGAAGGAAAAGAAAAAUAUAAGAGGAUUGAAAUGGGGCUGAAUAAGUAUGCCAGUGAGAGGAAAUGGAGAAGCAUAGAUCUCACUAGUACAUCUAGUGUGGUUAGUUAUAUACAGGUAACUGAUGGUGGAAAAAUAACUGCUUUCUUGAGGGACAAGAUUUUCGCUCCAUUCCUGACCUGGUUGCUGUUUAAGAAGGCUGAUUAUGAUUGUGGGAAGCUCAGGAGCCCUUAAAUGCAAUGAUGCAUCCUCUGUAUAAUAUAUCACUAAUAUUUUGUAAUUUCAAUCAUCCUGGUACUGUAAUACCAAGAAUAUUGGAGGGCGCUGGGUUUCUGUUUUAAAAAUCCUGUAAUGGAAGAGAAUAAAAUUCAUGUUAGUUGUAUCUGCUUUAGAGGUGAAAGCUCUUUCUCUUAAUUGGAGCCUUUACUGAGUAUAUAAGGCACAUGUUCAGAACCUUG